UCCGAGCGAUCUGUUCUUGUUUCGCUAAUCGAUGUCGGAAGCGUCCGAGUCCAAACCGAACGUCGUCGCCAGACUUUCUAGCUCGGAGGAUCAACCAUGGUAUCGGUGCUGCGGUUCGCCGUGGAUCCCAUCGAUCUCCAGAAGGAGAUCAAGAGGAGGGACGACUACGCCGAGUCGAUCAGACGCGAGCUUUUUAUCGCCGCCAGGAAAAUACAGGUUAACGCGGGAACAAUGAAAAGAAGAAUCGAUAACCUCGGAUGUUAUCGUUCGCGUUCGACUAUGACGGGCGAAAAUCUGCGAAUAACAAAACGAAGCGUCGGGACCGUAAUUUACGCCGCAGAUAUCGAUGUUUAUGCUGAAGACCAUGACACCGCGUCAUCUUCUCCCGCCGUGCCAGUUUGAAUUUAUCCACGAAACUCUCCUCGCGUCGCGUCGCGUCGAGGUCUCUGCGAAAACGAUUUUUCGACGCGGAUCGUGCUCUUGAAAAACGUUGUUUCCGCGUCCUAUUGUCGCUGAAACAGUUUACAAAUUACCAGCAAAUUACCUUUACGCCUCGGUGAAACGAAAUUCGUGUGAAAAUGUUCGCGGGAACGAGGUCUGUCCGAGAAGCGAUUCGUUGUCGGUGAUUUGGAAGCGACGGAUACCAAAUUCCGUAGCUUAAAAAUGUCGUUUAAAAGUUCAUCUUUUGCCGUUUAAAGCCUUUUAUUCGAACGCUAGGCGCGAUCGAUGCAGAGUUUCGCGAACAGAGUAGUCACGUUUCAGGCAUGGAUCCGUGGUAUACUGACCCGUAAGCAUCUCCGAUUACUGUGGAGAAGCGCGAUUAUUAUUCAAAAGCAUUGGCGUGGUUAUUAUGUCCGGAGUUUCGCGGAUCGAUACCUGGUCGAGCGUGUUCAUCGGAUGUGGCAGGAUUAUUACGAUCGAAUGGCGACGAGGAUCCAGGCGGCCUGGCGGGGUUACUGGGUCAGGAAGACGGUCCUCGAUAUUCCGAAGAUGCGACGCUGGCUCGAGAACGUUUCCAAGAAGAACGAGGAGACCGUAGAGAAGAUGAAGAAAUUCAGGCGGAAGGAGAUCGAGGAUCGUGAGCGGGCGGUGGAGCUCGACUCGAUGCAGUGGAUCCUGUUCAUCCUCUUCAAGCUCCACCACCUGCUGCGAACGAAGCAACGGCCAGGCGUGGUCACGAGGAUCGACAAGACCCGCUUCACGUUCAUCGAGCAGAUGUUGAAGUGCUUCGAGUACAAGAGCUACACCGGCAGGGACGCCGUCUGCUGUCACGACUGCGACAUAGAUCCGAAAAGAUCGUCGAUCUUCCGCGGCACCUACUACGAAAGAUGCGAGAGAGAGAUCCGCGAGAUCGAACGGAAACUAAGAACCGGGGCGGUGCCGGUCUUCAGAAGCUUCCCGUACGAGAAGCAGGAGGAGAUGUUGCGUGCGGAGACCAGACAACGUAGACAGGCGACGUUGCACGCUGGGGAAGGCGAAAGUCGAACGAAGGCGGUAGCCGAUCGCGACGGUCGUCGUGAGAUGUCGGAUCUCUACGACAAGAUCAAGAAGAUGGACUGUCAGUUAGGUCGGGCUCGGCUCAAGUGUCCUAUCCACGCCUGCGUUCUCCAAACGCGGCCUCUUCCGUAGUUAUGGUAAAGUUCUAAACGAUGACAGUUACGUGAAAACUAUACAUUUUAUUUGACACACGUUACGUCGGCGCUAGAUACAAAAGAAACUACAUAAACUA